CCUCCUCUUAUAGAGCUCUCAGCAGUUCAUCUCACUUCAUUACUCGACUCUCGGACACAACAGAGUCUCGGGCAACUGGGAGCUGUGUAGUUAGUGAAGUUGCCGUCAGCAUGUUUCGCGGUCUUUCCCUGCCGUUGCUUUUUGUUCUUCUAAGUGGUGUUGUGCAUGCUGAUGUGCUCCUGUUAUCACCUCCAGAGGGCUACAUCCCAUCCACCAGCCCUCCAACUAUGGAGGAAACUGAUGCCCCUAAGGUCACUCCUACCACACCAGGCUUUGCCAGUACCAUAACGGACUCUGCAGCUGCCACCGAGCCUGCUAGUGCAACAACGUCCAAGCCCUAUCUGGACACCACUGCAAUAACAGACACCCCAACUACUCACUCAACCAAUGCUACAACUGUUGCUCCAACCACUCAUCAGACCAAUAGUACAACAGAAGCCCCAACUACUCACACUUCGAAUGUCACAACUGCUGCUCCAACUUCUGAGCCUGCCAACGCCACAACCGUUAUUACAACCAAUACCACCACAGCCUCUGUCCCUACUACCCCUGUUCCUACCACUCCUACUCCACCACCCAACCCCCGAGUUGGAGACUACGUUGUCAGGGCUGAUCCUAAUUCUUCUGUCUGUCUUAAGGCAAAGAUGGGCUUGCAGUUCCGAUUCAAGCCAGAAACUAGCUUUCAGACAGUUAAUCUUGACCCAAAUGUUACAAAUACCAAUGGAUCGUGUGGAAGCAAUGGCACUGACUCCACGCUCACUCUGAUGUCAGACACAAUCAUGGUCCACUUUGUGUUUUCCAAUCAGACAAACAAAUUCCACUUGAGUACUCUGAAGUUCACUCUGGUUAAUGGAAGUGGGAGUGUCUUUAGUACUACAACUAGUAACCUGUCUCUUUGGGAGGCUUCACUGGGUAGCUCAUACAUGUGCAGAAAGGAACAGACCUACAACCUCACAGACAGCCUUAUUUUGAAUACGUUUGAGCUCCAGGUGCAGCCCUUUGGAGUCAUUGAUGAGAAAUUCAGCACAGCGGAGGAGUGCUUUCUGGAUGCUGAUUUAAGCUUUCUCGUGCCAAUCGCUGUGGGCGUGGCUCUCGGCUUCCUAAUCAUCCUCGUGCUUAUCUCUUACCUGAUCGGGCGGCGGAAGAGCCGCACUGGUUACCAGUCUGUAUAAGCAGCCUGGAGCAGUCAAGGAUGCUCGCCUCUAAUCUUUUCUCAUGCUCUGCUUUUUCCCUUCUUUCCUAAAUUUUCCGUCCCCCCCCAUAUGCGCAGAUCAACCUAUAGGAGGCCAUUUUACCUUUUAAUCUAAAUCUACUUUAUCAGAUUCGAUUCAAGCAAGUUUAAACACUUACCAGCACUAAAUAAUAUUGGAUUUGGAAUUACUUCAGCAUGCAAGAUCUUGAUUCUCAGUAAGAAGUCAUGAAGGUAAUGACUUUCUCUGAAGUUUGACGUUUGGAGUUACUGUCUUGAAAUAUGUAAUGACUUAUUGUCCAAUACAUAUUCUUGGAAAAAUAUUGUAAUUUCAAGAUAUUAUGAGAAAUUAAGUCAAAGGUGAAGUCAAAGUUUUGAGAAAAUAAGUGAGUGAUUGAAGAGACAGGCAAUGGUUUCAACCUGGCAGGGAGAGGCUACAUACUUUUAGUAUGGAAGGCUGUUUUCUAAGUGACUUUUGAAAUGAAUUAUGUAAAAUGUUCUUACUGUCUAUUGUAAGAAAUAAAUUUCUCCAUUGGCAUUUUCACUGAUCGAAAUUGGAUUUCUGAUCUCAAAAGCGGUGGAUUAAAAGGUAGCAUAGCAUUCCUUACAUACUACAAACUACUCAACAUGUAUAUCUUGCAAAUAGUUACUGCUUCUGUGAAAUUCCAAUUUCUGGGGUUUUUUUUUUUCCUUCUUGCUUCCUGUAUGAAAUCAUUUACCAGUUCUGCUGACAGUUCUCUUCCUGUCCAGAUAAGGUGGCGCUGCCAGGCCGUUUCAGCGGUGCUGACUCAGUCAAUUAGAGAAACUCAGCAGCUGUUCAAAUAAUCACUGGCAUUGCACUAAAUGUUAAAAUGCAUGAUCUUAAUUAAUAGCUCUUUUUAAACGUUAUCUAUUUUUAAUCCUUGCCAGAAAAAAAAUAAUCAGGGCUCUUCAAGGCUCUACAUGAUUGUGUUAUCUGAUUGUCCAUGUGAUUGAAUGUAUGAAUGGUUAACUUCUAGAAUUAGAAACUCUGCUCUACUUUAUUAACCUUCGAAUGUGUCGUUUCAGUUCGGAACUUACUCAUAGGUGGAUCACUUUGUUGUUGGAAUCAGAAUGAAACAAAAAAACAAAACAAAAAAAAAAAGACAUCCUGGCACAUUUCUCAGUGCCUGUCAAUAGUAAAUUGAGGUCAUAAGUGUCAUAGUACCUAUUGCACUUAUCACAUAUAAAGGGACACUAAUGUUUGCAGUGACACUUUACCAGCAUUUGCGAUGGAUGGAUGUAAUGAAUAUGAUUUUUCAGUUUUUUGCUCCCCCUGCACCAACCACCCCCGUCCCAGGUCAUUAGGUCCCCUCUCAGGGAAAGACAGGCAGUGUUGUGAAGUGGGUCAGUCACAAAGCUGAAUUAGUUUGUGAGCAGUAUACAUAAAUAUCAAGUCAGAAUACUGUGGUCUUAAGGGCCGUUUGACUGGUGUGAUGUGUGUAAUGGUCAGAGCUAAGUUACUACGGUUCGAGUUCUCUUCAGUAUAGAAGCAGCACCAAAAAUCAUAUGAACACCAGAAUACUGUCAGCCCUUAAAUACAGUGUGCCUUUUUGUUGCACUUCCCUGUACCUUCACUAUAGACCUGCUCCAGUCAGUGGAAGAAUGAUGGGUCAUGUUAUGUUUGUUUCAAUGAGUAAGAAAUUUCAAUAAAAUGGCUGUUUUUGUA